AUGGCGUACAAGUAUGCACAACUCUCUGACUUUGCCUACCAACCCGUCUCUCGUCAAUACCAGACGUUUAAUUAUGAGACCUCUUCUUUUUCAUUUUACCCCGUUACCUAUUCAUCGACCGAUCUGACCGAGGGCCAAAACCAGGACAACAAUGAGCCCGCUGCCGAUGCGGACAAGGCCCCAGGCUCUGAAGAAGCUCCUGUAGCGGAGCCAAGUGCUUCGCCAGAUGAUGCCCCGCCCGCUGAGCCUACAGAUCCAGAGGCUGCGCCACCAGCCGAGGCUGCACCUGAAGACGGUGCGCCUAAAGAGGAUGCUCCCGCAGAGCCCAUCCCAGAGGCCAGUGAGGAGCCUAAGGAUGAAGCUGCAGAAUCUGCAGAAACCCCUGAGGCUCCAGCAGAAGCUGCCCCAGAAGGCGAGAAGCCUGCAGACGAACCGGCACCUGAAGAGGAAGCCAAGUCUGAAGAGGAGCCCAAACCUGAAGACGACUCAAAACCUGAAGGCGACGCGAAGCCAGACGACGAAGCAAAGCCCGAUGAAGGGCAAGCCCCGAAGGCGACGCGAAACCUGAAGAUGAAGCAAAGCCCGAAGACGAGGCAAAGCCUGACGAGGAAGCAAAGCCUGAAGGCGGCGAAAAUGCACCCCCUGCUGGAUGUCACAUCCCUAACAGUGUUGAUAGAUGACGAAUUUCCAGAAUGUACUCCAGAAGAAGAUGCCGAAAAGGUAGCGGCCGAGAAAGAGGCAGCUGCCAGAGAGGCGGCCGAGGAAGCCCAACAUGAUGGCGGUGAUGGCGCUGCCGCAGAAGCACCUUCAGAACCAGCGCCCGAGCCUCAACCAGAGCCAGAGCCUGCAGCAGAGGAACCAGCGCCAGAUCCAGCCCCAGCCCCAGCCUCAGGAAAGAAGAAGAAGAAGAAGGGCAAGAAGGGCAAGGCGGCAGCCGAGCCCGAGCCCGAGCCCGAGCCUGAAUCUCAACCUGAGGCAGCCCCGCCAGCAGAGCCAACAGAACCAGAACCGGCACCGGAAACAGCGCCGGAACCUGCAGCAGAGCCGGAACCUGAACCCGAGGCAGCACCACCAACAGAGCCAGAGCCCACGCCGGAACCCGCAGCGGAUCCCGAGCCAGAGGCGGCUCCAACGCCUGAGGCCGAGGCCGAACCUCCCGCCGAUGAUACGCCUGCCGCUCCCUCGGAGGAGCCUGCAGAACCAGCAGCGACUGAACCGGAACCGGAACCUGCAGCAGAGCCUGAACCUGAAGUAGCACCAGCGACUGAACCAGAGCCUGCAGCAGACCCUGAGCCUGAAGUAGCACCACCGGCAGAACCAGAGCCUGCAGCAGAACCAGAACCAGAGCCAACACCUGCGCCUGAAGCUGAACCCGAAGCUGAGCCUGAGAAGCCGGAGGAAACUCCAGCACCUCCGCCAGCCGAGGAUCCGGCCCCAGCCCCAGCCUCAGGAAAGAAGAAGAAGAAGAAGGGCAAGAAGGGCAAGCAAGCAGACCCCGAGCCAGUUCCUGAGCCAGUUCCAGAACCAGUAGCGGAGCCUGAACCCCCAGCACCAGAAGUUCCCGAAGAGGCCCCAGCCGCCGAGCCAGAACCUGCUCCAACACCAGAGGCCGAAGCAGAACCAGCGCCAGAGGAGGAAAAGGCUCCGGAGGAGCCUGCGAAGGAACCCGAGCCCGAAGCUGCACCAGUUGAGGAAGCUGCUGCUCCUGUGCCCGAGCCAAUUGAGGCUCCUGCGGAUCCACCAGCCGAGGAGAGCGCACCAGCAGCACCCGAACCUGAACCCGAGGUAGUCGAAGAGGCCCCUCUCGAAGUGAUUGCUGAAGAGCCUGAAGCCGAGAAGGCCCCCGAGGAAACACCAGCAGAAGCCCCCGCGGAGACACCCGAGGAGCCUGCGCCAGCACCAGUUGACGAACCUGCUCCCGAUGCCCCUGCUCCCACAGAGGAACCAGCCGAAGAAAAGGCAGUUGAGGAAGCGCCUGUAGCGGAUCCAGCCCCCGCGGCUGAGGAAGCCCCAGCUGCUGAACCUGCUGCUGAACCUGCGGCCGAAGAACCUGUUGCCGUUGAGGCUGCACCGGAGCCAGAGGUAGUUGAAGAGCCAGCUGCUCUCGAGUCCCCAGUUGAAGAGGCACCUGUUGCUGAGGCCGCUCCCCCGGACCCUCCCGCGGAAGAGCCUGCUGCUGCUGAGCCUGAGCCUGCUGCGGAGCCUACCCCAGAACCAGUGGCCGAGCCUGCUGCCGAACCUGCCGCCGAACCUGCCGCCGAACCUGCCGCCGAACCUGCUGCGGAAGUCGUCGAAGAGCCUGUGGUGGAGGAACCUGCGAAGGAGGAACCGGUGUCAGCACCUGAGCCUGAGCCUACGCCUACGCCUGAUCCUCCUGCCGAGGAACCUGCUGCUCCUGAGCCUGCCGAGCCCGAGCCUGAGCCUGUUGCGGAACCUGCCCCCGAACCAGCCGCCGAGCCUGUUGUUGAGGAGCCCGAGCCCGCUGCCGAACCAGUGGCGGCUCCCGCUGAACCUGAACCUGAGCCCGUGGAAGAAGCCCCUGCCCCAGCUCCUGUGGAAGAGGCACCGGUCGCUGAUGCACCCGCAGAAGCUGCACCGGAGCCGGAGGCCGCACCAGAGCCCGAGGCACCGAAGGAGAUUCCCGAGGAAGCACCUGCUCCCGAGCCAACACCAGAGGAACCUACCCCGGAAGCUGCUCCAGCGGAGGAGGCCCCAGCGCCUGACGAAUCACCGGCCGAGCCAGCAGUUCCGGACGCUCCGGCUGAGGCAGCUGAACCCGCCGAAGCUGCUGCUCCGGUCGAGACGCCAGUUGAAGAACCUGUGUCUGAGCCAGCGCCAGAAGAGCCCGUUCCAGAGCCAGAAGCUGCAAGAGAACUUCCUGCCGAAGACCCGCCUGUGGAGCGCGAAGCUGCUCCCGAGCCGGCCCCCGAGCCAGUUCCUGCCAUUGACGAAGUAGCGCCCGACGAGGCUGUGCCACCCGAAACCCAGCCUGACAUUGAUAUGGUCGGUGCUGUGCCCAUUGUUGAAGGGUCUCCUGAAGGCGAUGAUGCCGCGCGGCGCGCGCGCCGCCGCAAGAGACGCAGUCCAGUGGAGCGUGAACCAGUGGAACGCGAACCAGCGGAGCGCGAGCGCCGACGCUCCAAGACAUCGACCGACGGGCGCCGCGACCAACUCGAACGCCAGAAGAGUGACCGAAACGUCCUAACCAACCGAUGGGCCAAGGCCCUGGAGCUAGCACGACGCGAACACGAUGCCAAAGCUCAAUCCAACCGGAUGGAGCGUGCUCUUGUCGAAGAGCGCGAGAAAAAUGGAAUUCCCCCUCCGACAAGCCGAGACGAAGGAGCUCGACUAAGGACAAGGAGAGACCGAGAGAAAUGGAGACCGAGCCUAUUCUCAUGGAACCUCGGUCCCGACGUCCAGGUCUCGUCAUCGGCGCCAACCGGCAAGCCUCGCGCUUUCCUGCGCUACAUGACAGAAGGCAAAUCCGACACCAAUGGUCCUCCAUUGCGAGUCAAUGCCACCAAGGCCUCUCCACCUGUUGAACGGCCGCGCCGCGCCUCAACCAGUCACAGCACUGGUAGUGGCAGUCGCCAUGAGCGUGCUGAGCAUAUCGAGCAUGAGGACGGACACUCCAUUGGUCGGUCAAGCGGAUCUACUUCUCGUCGUGAAGCCCGUCGCGAAGCGCGUCGGGAAGAGCGUCGUACGGAAGAGCCCCGUCUUGAGCGCACUGAUACUAGGAAGUCGCGUCGCUCGUCGACUGCUGAGCAUGGCCGAUCUCGUGAGAAGGAGAAGGAGCGCGAACGUGAACGCUCGCGAUCGCGUUCUCGUGCCCGUGAGCGUGAAUUGCAUGAGCGGGAGCUGGAACAUCAGGAGGGUGAGAGAGAGCGUGAGCGAAGGCACGAGGGAUCUUCUCGGCGAUCGAAGGACUCGAGGGAGGUUCGCUCUCAUCGUCGUCAUAGACGUGAGGAGUCGCCGCCGAGAGAGUCGAAGAUCAAGAGUAUCUGGAGGGCCAUUGCUGCUCACUAA